AUGAUGACGUCAGCGGAAGAGGAUCUGGAAUUGAGAGAAUCAAAAAAAUAUUUGCAUUUGGAUUCUGUUUUCUCCAAUACCUUUAUUUCUUUUUCAUUUCUUUCUUUCUUUUUUUCACUUUGCUUUCUCUCCUUUUCCUUUUUUCUUUUCUUUUGCUUUCUCUCCUUUUCUUUUUCUCCUUUUCUUUCUCUCUUUUUCUUUUUCUUUUCUCUCCCUUUCUUUUUCUCCUUUUCUUUCUUAUCUUUUCUUUUGCUUUUUUCUCCUUUUUUCUCUUCUUUUCUUUCUCUUCUUUUUAUUGCUGUCCCGCCUUUUCUUUUUCAGCUUUUCCUUCUCUUCAUUUCUUUUGCUUUUCCUCCUUUUCCUUUUCAGUUUUUCUUUCUCUUCAUUUCUUUUGCUUUUCCUUCUUUUCUUUUUCUCCUUUUGCUUUACCUUCUUUUCUUUUGCUUUCUCUACUUUUCUUUCUUUCCAUGGAUUGAUUACUUUUCUUUCUUUCUUUCGUUCUUUCUUUCUUUCUUUCUUUCUUUCUUUCUUUGCCAGUUUGGCUUUUCUUCGUUUUCUCUCGGAUUUCAAUUUUAA